AAUUGAACGUACCGCUGGCCAGUAAACUGUGAGACUUCCACCGAUUCGUCAGGUGAAACGCCGUGUGAUUAUUAAAUUUCUCUUUUUAAUUACACCAUUGAAUAUCUUAGCCGUACGAUAAUUCACCGAAGUUAUUCAACUAUCCAAAAGUAUCCAGCCAUUUCGAUGUGUUUCUUCGACGCGGUUAGCUGUCACAUCGUCAACGAUACCACAGCAUAUCACCUAACUUCUCUUGCAACUUACUCAUUAUUAGUCGUGUUAGUAAAAAAGCGACGUCACAGCAGCUAUGGAUAUCAGUCGGUUACGAAUUGCCAAGUAAGUCUAACGUCCGUGUAGAACUGAUCGAUUCGAGGAAACGUUUGUGGUCUGAUGUAAAGCAUUCGUCAUCGUGUCAAGGAAACUGGUCAUUUUCAAGUUGUCGGAAGCGUAAUAAACAAGUUUCAUUACAAACAAAACAUCAAAUACACGACACUAAGAACACAGAAAUAUUAAGAAUCAAAUAUAGAAGUCAUCAUAAGGAAUAGAACCACGUGAUAACAAGAGACGUCGUGUGACAACGAGAGUGACACAUAAUAAACGAUCGAACAGUUUGAUAAUCAAGAAAAGCUGUUGGUGUAACAUGAACAAUUUUGAUGAGCGCAAAGUUAUAAUAUCGUAAUUCCCCCGGAAAAGAUGCAGUGAAGUUGGCUCGGUGGAUGCCAUUGACCGCCAUAUUCAGGAGAAUCGUUCGAGACAGUUUCGAAAAAAAACUGGAAGGUGGUAGAUCGCGUAAAGUGACAGCAGCGUCGAAAGGUUAAGGACCCGUUCGUUGAACGUAUUUUGCGACGUGGAAAUCGCAGUGAAACGCAGUGAAAAACCUGUCGAGAUGGAGUUCAAGUUCAACGUAAAUAAACUCUUGCCCAGAAAGAUCAACAAGGUCACGCAUACCCUCGUUCCAGAGGACUUCAGAGGUGAUCGCCGUGAAUUGAACGAAUGUCAGAGGCAGUUGAGCAGAGUUCUCGACGACAUGGGCGAGGCUUCUGCCAGAGCCCAAGGUCUGAACAAGUCAAUAACCAGCGCCGUAAAACUUCGAGAUACUGACCAUGUUGUUUAUUUAUUAGUUGACAAUGAAGCUAACAACGGACUGGGCAGCGUGGUGGGAUUGUUGAAGACCGGAUCGAAGAACCUCUUCAUGUUCGACGAGACUGGCGCUCAUUAUCAGCUGAAGCCAAGAUGCGUUUUGGACUUUUACGUUCACGAGUCACGGCAACGCAUGGGUCUUGGAAAUAUUCUCUACCAGCACAUGCUCUCCGAAGAGAAUAUUAGGCCUGUGAAAUUGGCGAUCGAUAGACCUUCAGAGAAGUUCUUAGCCUUCCUAGACAAAUACUACGGUCUCUCGAAGAUUAUUCCACAGAACAAUAAAUUUGUCGUUUUUCAAGGAUUUUUUGACGACGAACGUCAGGAUGUGAGGACAAAUAGAUACAGUUUACCUGCGAAGACCUCGAUUGACAUUGGUUCUUCUAGCAUCGUACAUAACAAUGUUGGAAAGAGUAACUCUAGCUUAAAUGGCGUUGCCUAUUCUUCCCCCGUUUCACGCGGUUCGUUUGGUAGAUACGCUGCGGCACGACCGCCUUGUUCCAUGGCAAAUAUAUUAAGCGAUUCCACUCCCAUGAAAACACCAGUUCAAUAUUCCCAAUAUCCUCUGCACAAUGGCAACACGUUCCUUUUACUCUUGUUUUCCGAUGAAAAACCGAGCACGCCGGCUGCGACUCAACUGAAACCGGAACGACCACGAUCGUUGAGCCUUUAUUCCGAAGAAGAACAGAAGCAACGUACAAGUGAAUUGUCAACAGUACCAACACCUGCUUUACCAGACUAUCAACCAACUCCAUUAGCUACCAUUUUACGAGAAACAGAGAAAACCGAAAAAAAUAUGAAACCAUCACCCUCGUGUAGCCAAGAAGUAGCUGGUACCAAUCAACAUACUCGAUUAGAUUUAAAAUUUUAUCAUUCUCCUUUAUGGUAAACGAAAACAAUGGAACGAUAUUAGAAUUAUAUCAUCUGCAUGUGCGACAAAAUUAAGAACGCUUUACCUCUGAUAAUAAAGUAUCAGUGGAAAGAUGAUUAAUAAUAAGCUUGAUGAAAAUUGGACAGCUGUGGUAAUUGAGGUAAACGUUAUGUAUUAGUUUAUAUGGCAAGGCGAAAAACGUGUAUUAUAAUUGAUAAAAUCAAUUGUUUUUACUUUCUAUGAGAACAAUUAACAGAUUAUCAUUGGCUAUCGUUAAUUUAUUCGUAUAUUAUGGGAUUGCACUUUGAAUAAAAGACACAGAAACUUUUUAAUACUUAGUUUACUAUGGCUAAUAACUUGAAACAUGAGAAGAAAUUAUAAAAGUUACAUCUCCAGACAAAUAAAAUUCAAAUGCUGAUAAUUUUUCGCACUUUUUCGAGCUCUAAUUAGGUUUAGCAUUAUAUUGAAAAAAAGUAUUGGAAAUCUUUAUGCGCUUUUAAUUUGAACUCUAAUACCAAUAUAGCAGAAUACCAACGCUGAAAAUGAAUAUCUAAUCGAUAUGUUUCAAUUGACUGAAACGAUGAUAAUAUUGAAAUUGUUAGUAAGUUAUCGUAGGAAACCAGAUUAAUAUCGUAGUACACGACUGACGUUCAUAACGUGUAGAUUGCAUAUAUACAUAUAUAUAGGCUGGCUUGUAAUUUUAUACGUAGAUAAAAAUGGUACGAGACAUUUUUCAUAUAUUACAAAUGUAGCGAUACGUAAUUUGUACAAUAAACUUAUCAUUCCCCUUUUUUUUACAUUACAUACUGAACUCUAAAGGAAUCUUUUAUUAUUCCUUUUUAAUCUCGUCAAGUUCAACAUUUAUUGGAACAAAGACGAUUAUUAUAAAAUAUAUUUAUUGAUUAUGCUCUACAACCUUUGUAUUUUCUAUUAUCAGAUUCGUAAAAAUUUACGAUAUUGCUAGGACAAGGUGGAACCUGAAAUUGUUGUCAAUAAAAAUAUAUUAUGUGAUAAGAAAAUAAAAGUAUAUAAAUAUGA